ACCCGCUCUGCGCAGCGCGGCCGCCGGCCCCUCCUGGUCGCGGUGGCGGCCGAGCCCCGCCGCGAGGUGAGCGGAGCCGGGCGCAGUCCUCGGGAACGGCGCUGCGAUAGCUGCAGCUGCGCUUCGGGGCUGCCGUGGGGUGGAGAAAUUCCCUUUCCCUGCGUUUAUCCGGCGCUGAUGCUUGGCGUGUUAAUCUUGCACAGAGAGACCAGCCGGAAAAUCAAGGAUCGACAAGACGAUGCUCGCCAGCCUGAAGAUGAAGAAACAGGAGCUGCUGAACAGCUCGGAUGUGACCCUCCCGGACCGGCCGCUGUCCCCCCCGCUCACCGCACCCCCCACCAUGAAGUCUGCAGAAUUCUUCGAAAUGCUGGAGAAAAUGCAGGCACCAAAACUUGAAGAACAGAGAACUGGAAGCCAAAAGCAUAAGGAAGACUACAUCCCGUACCCCAGCAUCGAUGAGAUCCUCGAUAAGGGCAGCCCCUACCCACUGAUCAUCCUGCCCCAGUUCGGGGGAUACUGGAUCGAAGACCCGGAAAACCUUGGCACGCCCACCUCGUCCGACAGCAGCAUCUGCGAGGAGGAGGAGGAAAACCUCAGCCCCAGCACCUACGGGUACAAGCUAGAGUGCAAAGGAGAGGCCAGAGCCUACAGGAAGCAUUUUCUGGGGAAGGACCAUUUAAAUUUUUACUGUACGGCCAGCAGCCUGGGAAAUCUGAUUCUUUCUAUUAAGUGUGAGGAGGCAGAUGGCACUGAAUACUUAAGGAUUAUACUCAGGUCCAAAGUGAAGACAUUGCAUGAAAGGAUCCCUCUGGCAGGAUUUAGCAAGCUGCCUAGCAUCCCACAGAUAGCAAAGGCCUUCUGCGAUGAUGCCUCCGGACUGAAGUUUAACCCAGUUCUGUAUCCCAAGGCGUCCCAGAUGAUAGUGUCUUACGAUGAACACGAAGUCAACAACACAUUUAAGUUUGGUGUGAUCUACCAGAAGUUCAGGCAGACCCAGGAGGAAGAGUUGUUUGGCAAUAAUGAGGAGAGCACUGCCUUCAAGAACUUCUUGAAUUUGUUGGGAGACACCAUAACGCUGCAGGACUUUAAAGGUUUUCGAGGAGGUCUGGAUGUCAGCCAUGGGCAGACGGGGGCCGAGUCUGUGUACACCAUGUUCAGGGACAGGGAGAUCAUGUUUCAUGUCUCUACAAAGCUGCCUUUUACUGAAGGAGACACGCAGCAGCUGCAGAGGAAGAGACACAUUGGCAAUGACAUUGUGGCAAUUAUCUUUCAAGAAGAGAACACGCCGUUCGUCCCAGACAUGAUUGCCUCCAAUUUCUUGCACGCCUACAUUGUUGUACAGGUGGAAAACCCCGAGACAGAUAACACAUCCUACAAGGUCUCCGUCACAGCCCGUGAGGACGUCCCCUCCUUUGGCCCACCGCUGCCGAGCCCACCGGUGUUUCAGAAGAGCCCCGAGUUCAGGGAGUUCCUGCUGACCAAGCUCAUCAAUGCUGAGAACGCCUGCUGCAAGUCAGACAAGUUUGCAAAGCUGGAGGACCGAACGCGUGCCGCCUUGCUGGACAACCUGCACGAUGAGCUCCACGGGCACACCCAGACCAUGCUGGGGCUGGGGCCCGAGGAGGACAAACUGGAGAACGGAGGGCACGGAGGCUUUCUGGAAUCGUUCAAGAGAGCCAUCCGGGUGCGCAGUCACUCCAUGGAGACGAUGGUGGGCAGCCAGAAGAAGCACCACAGUGGUGGCAUCCCGGGCAGCCUGAGUGGGGGCAUCGUGCACAACAGCGGCGAGGUGACCAAGACCACCUUCUCGCCCCCUGUUCCAGCAGCCACGGCCAAGAAUCAGUCGAGGAGUCCCAUCAAGCGCCGGUCGGGGCUGUUCCCCCGCCUGCACACGGGGUCUGAGAGCCAGUCGGAGAGCAGGACAAGGUGCGACAGUGUUUCUGGAGCUCAGAAGACACCAGAUAUGGGACAUUCAUCACAAGAGAUGAAAUCUGAAACCUCAUCCAACCCCAGCUCCCCUGAAAUAUGCCCCAACAAAGACAGGCCUUUCAUCAAGCUGAAGGAGAACGGGAGGUCAAACAUCUCGCGGUCCUCCUCGAGCACCAGCAGCUUCAGCAGCACGGCGGGGGAGAGCGAGACGCUGGAGGAGUACGACAGCGUGGGAAGCCAGCCGUCCACAGCGUCGCCCUUCAAGCAGGACGUGUUUGUCUACAGCGCAUCUCCCGGCAGCGAGAGCCCGAGCAUGGGGGCUGCGGCCACCCCGGUCAUCAUGAGCAGGAGCCCCACAGCAGAUAUAAAGAACAGAAACUCUCCAAGGUCAAAUCUGAAGUUCCGCUUUGACAAGCUCAGCCACGGCAGCUCCAGCACGAGCCACUAGCAGGAGAAAGAAGUCAAGAACUUUUCAACGAAUUUUUGUUCCAAUAAAGGGAAAACUCUUCACCACCCAGUGGGAACACGCACGCCCUUGCACUAACAGUGAGGUCCCCUCGCCGCUGCAGCUGCACCCUGCACCAGGAGAAAGCCAUCACCGUCACCGUGCAGCCGCUCCUGUCCUCUGGCAGAGACCCAGCCACCCCGCCCCAGCUGAUGGCGUUGCUUGCUCGAGGGCACCCUGCGUGCUGCCCCAGGAGACUCCUGCCCACCCGCCCCGCGUCCCCCUGCAGUGCUGGGUGCUCUGCGGCGCUGGGGCCAGGUGAGCGCCGUGCCUCUGCCCCAGCGGGAGACCCGCACCCUGCGGCUGGGGCACCAGCACCUGCCUCCCCCCUGAAGCUGGCCUGCCUGUCCCAGGGGGCGGGAGGGAGGCCAGGCGGAACCCCCCCCCCAAGGUAUGGGGGGUCUCCUCCCUGUAUGUGUAGUAUCAGUGCAGAAACACUUUCUUUUUGUAUUUUUCCUUUUGGAAGGGCAGGUGGUCAGGGUGCAGUUAGGGCUUUCAGCAGCGGCCGGUCGCGGUGGCUUUUCCCCCCAUUGUUGCUCUCCUCUGCCAAGGGUCGGGAGGCAGCAGGGCAAUGCUGCCCAGCACAGGGCAGGAGGGGCAGCGGCACAGGACCUCAUGAGCUGCCCUCUCUUCUCCUCCCGACCUCUUUGGGUUGCAAAUUUUCAAGACAAAUGCAGCCUCAUGUCCUGUGCCGCCUCAGGUGCUGGCACAGGAGGCAGCCGGGGUUGACUUGUCCUCUCUUGGCAGCUCAGGAGAUGGCUUCGGUGGCCUCUGUGUUUUUUCCCUAACCAAAACUCCAAGCAUGGCCUGGAAAAGAUUAACCAAAGCUAAAGCUGUAGUAUAACUAAAUAUUAAAACUGGCACUUGGAGUGGAUUUAUCCUGUGGGCUUUACCUUAUCCUGUAUGUUAGCUUGCCAGGCAAACAAAUGUAUAAAGCACCAGUGAUUUUUGAUGGCACUGGGCUUUACCCCUUGCAGAAUUUGUCCCUCUGCUUUUGAACAUGCUUUUGUUUACUUUAAAAGAAGAGGAUUAUGAAUUCUGGAAGGUGACUUCCCUAUAACGCCCCUUUCCAAAAAAUACCUCUCUAAUCAUGCUAUAGAAGUCCCUUUGCUCUUAUGGAGCUUUGUCUAAAGUUUACUGAAGUCUGUCCGCUAAUUUCAGGAUGCUCAUAGAUUUCCCUUAUGGAUUUUUUAAAUAAUACACUGCAGUGCUGCAGAAGUGCAGCACUGCAUCUUGCCAUAAUCUGUAAUCUUUGCAAAAAACACCCCAUGAAAUAAGGUUCUUGAUUUCAAGUGAAAACUUUUCUCAGUUCAUGAUUCCCAAUGAAAACAAAGCUUUGAGUGCCAAAGUUAAUCUUACACAGCUGGGGCUCAGAGGCACAAGUGUGUCUGAGCAGCUGGGCUGGUGGCUGCAGUGAUGCGAGGGCUUGUGGCAGAAACCCACUGCCCCUGCCGCACCACCUCCCACCUGGGCCAGAGCAAAACCGAGCUGAUCCAAACCAGCUGUGCUAAAUGAGGCUCUGCGUGGUACUGGGAAACAACUGGAAUGUGUGCUCCAAAUGGGUGCUCCCACUUGUGGGUGUCAUUUGCACAUUUGAAUAGAAAAGGCUCUCAUGGGAGAGGAAUCAGGUUAAAGAAGGAACCACGUUGUGGAAAAAGCAGAGAAUGCUUUCAUGGGCAUUGAGCACGCUGUGGAGGAUCAGUAAAUACAAAUAACCAGCAGUGGCGACACUCCCUCCUGCUUUCAGUGAGUUGCUUUUAAAUAACAUCUAAAUCUUGAGAUUUUCUUUGAAAAAGGAAAAGCACAAUGCAUUUAGCCUGGUCCACAGCUAGCUCUGGAUGUCUCAGGUUCCAGAUACUUUGCUGUUCAGUUCUGCUGUCUGAUGAUGCUUCAGUAGCACUUUUAAGCCCAUCCCCAGUUCUUCCUCUUAGAAACUAUUGGUCUGCUUUUCUUAUGCCCUGCAGUGAAAUACUGACUGGUGCAAAACCUUGUUUUGAGGGUCUGUUUUUGUUUGUUCAUUUGUUUUUUCUCCUAUGAAGUUGCUUGAUUCUAUAGAUGUCAUCAUUCGCAUGGGUGUUGAUCUCUGUGAGAUCUUUCAGCAGAAGAUGCAGUGGCUACUCUUGUCUGGGUUCUUCAUUUUUGAGUUGUUUUUUUCUUAUUUCUCACUUGAAACUGUGACUUUCCUUUUUGGCCUAGGUCAGUUUGUAGAAUUAUUAGAAGGUGGUUAAAAGGCACACAGGACAGUUUGAAGCUCCGGGGAGGGAGAUGCAGUGCAUUAGAUGUGUCCUGAGCUGUUCCAACCGGCUGGGAUGGCACCUGGGCCGGGCAGAGGUCUGCCAGAUGCUCCUGUGCUUCCUGGGACAGUUUCAAAAGUGCUGCUCACAACUGGCUGUAAAACCAGCUCCUAAAUAACUGGGCUUUUAAAGCUCCUGUCCUAGCCACGCUGUACUGUGGCUUCUGCCUAUCUGCCCUGCCCUGCAGCCCUGUGCAGCAAGCUUUCCGUUCUGGGAUUGUCCUAGGUCACCCUGCAGCAGCGCCGGGGACUGCUGAGCAGUUAUUUUCAACCUCGGAGGCAUUUGCACUCCAGCAGUGGGUGAAGAUGUUCCUGCAUAUAUAUUGCAAAAUGUUUUGUGCUUAUAUGUGACACACACACAUACAUAUACGUGUAUAUAUAUAACAGAAAGGAUCCCUCGCUGACACUAACUGGUGGGGCAGUACACGUCAGAGCUCGGCAGCUCCUGCCUGCUGCUGGUGCUGGUGCCCUGUGGCGCAGGGAGCCCAGCACAGGGCUGCCAGGGGCUGCCCCGGAGACCUCGGGGCCGCUGCUCCGUGGGCUCAGCAGUCGCAGCCGAGGGCUGGGGGCUGCAGCGGGGAUGCCCGGUGUCUGAGCCUCGGGGCAGUGGUUUGCCUGUCCAGUCUGCACUGUUUACAUGCCCGCAGCUCAUACCAAACUCAGACGUGAUGCUGCACAGCAAAUGCUGGAGGUAGGACCGCAGCUCGGGGAGGCUCAGAGGGAGUUCCCAGCCGUGUAGGACAGGUCUCUGCUCUCCAGGUGUUUGCUCCCCUUUUUCCCCUGGGUUUCGGUGCCCUGGAUACUCCUGCUGCACCCUGCCUCCUGCUUGGCGCAGACCUGCUGGCUACCUUGGCAAGGGGCAGGCCCAGGUCUGCCUUCCAGGCCCAGUGUUGGGGCUCGGGGCUGUGCCAUGCAUGCCACAAGCCUGCGGGGACAUUUCACAGUCCCUUGUGCACAUCCUUGCCCACCCCACAGCACCCCGGGGCACGGCAGGGCCUGUCCUAAGGGCGAGCGUGCACAGGAGGUGCUGGCACCACCGGCCUCCUUGAGGGCUCCCCCGAGCCAAGCACAGGGUUAUGCUCAAGCACAACGUGAAAGUGCUUUUUUUUUCUGGGUAGAGAGGGAGGGUGCUAAGCACAGAUUCAGCUUCUUUCCAGGGUUUGGGGGUCUUCAGGAAUGGCAGCUGAAGGGGCCAGGAUACUUCCUUGACAUAACUGGGCUUGUUAACCCCGACUGAGGAUCCGGCUCAGAGGCUUCUCGGCUGUCUUUGUCUUGACUGCAAGAGGUGGUUAGCACUGAUAACUGCUCUUAAAGGCAGCGGCUGGUGUCAGAGCUCAGCACCUCUGCAGAUCACACCUCGCACUCAUGCUGCUUUGCUUAUGUUCCAACUCUGUCCCCUAGAGCUGGUCAAGAAGCUCUCAUUUCUGAAUCUUAGAGCAUGCUUUCAUUAUGUUUUAAUGAAUGUAGCACUGCGUAUACCCUGCAAAGGAAAAUGCUGAAUUUAUAUCAUUAGAAUGUGAAGAGAGUUUAUAGAGUGAAAAAAAAAUCUUGAAGAAAUGUAUCUGACAAAAGUUUAUUUUUUAUGUAGAGAGGCGGUGCUUUGUAGUUCCUGGUGGCCUAUGUAUGUUGUAAAUAAUGUACAUUUAAUUUAUUGCUAUGGUAGCAGAUUGUAUUUGUUAUGUAUAAAACUAAAGGUUCACAAAUGUAUAUUUUGUUGCUUAAAUGUGUCUUUGCAAAAUUCACAAUAAAUAACAUAUUUUGUGUCCGUA